AAGUUAUUGGGCCAAAGUGUUUGAUCCGGUCCAAGUAGGAAAUCGCAUGCCCAAGAUAUAACCUACCGAUCGUGUAGCAAGUCAUCCGAUCCGGCCGGCAUCUCUCUUUACCGCUCAUCUCAGCCGCCAGACGCUAUCUCCGUUUCCACCCCCUUUUCCCCUGAGGUCGGACGCAGUCUACACCACGCCCUUCGUCUAAUAUCCUGAUGAGUAAGUUGCAGAGUGAUGCAGUGAGAGAAGCAAUCUCCCAGAUAAUGGGGGACUCUAAGGAGAAGAAUCGGAAAUUCACGGAGACUAUUGAGCUACAAAUUGGUCUAAAGAACUAUGAUCCCCAAAAGGACAAGCGUUUCAGCGGAUCUGUCAAACUGCCUCAUGUCCCCCGUCCUAAGAUGAAAGUCUGCAUGCUUGGUGAUGCUCAGCAUGUGGAAGAGGCAGAAAAAAUUAGCAUGGAGUAUAUGGAUGUUGAAAGUCUAAAGAAACUCAACAAGAACAAGAAACUCGUGAAGAAACUUGCCAAGAAAUACCACGCCUUUUUGGCAUCUGAAGCUGUGAUCAAGCAAAUUCCCCGUCUUCUGGGCCCUGGGCUUAACAAGGCAGGUAAAUUUCCAACACUGGUGACCCAUCAAGAGUCCUUGGAAAACAAGGUGAAUGAAAUAAAAGCAACAGUGAAAUUUCAGCUCAAGAAGGUUCUUUGUAUGGGUGUGGCAGUUGGAAAUUUGGGGAUGGAGGAAAAGCAGGUGUUCCAGAAUGUUCAAAUGAGUGUGAAUUUUCUUGUUUCACUAUUGAAGAAAAACUGGCAAAAUGUUAGGUGCUUGUAUCUCAAAACCACCAUGGGAAAGCCAGUCCGAGUCUUUUGAGGGCGUUUGGAUUUAGAGCUGAUAAUUUUAUUUCCUCUUCCCUGUGAUUUAAAACAUCCAUUUCUCUGUUUUUCUCUCCUUGGUAAGAUUUUGGUUGAGCAAACUCCUGAAGUUUUGUUUUGCUCUAAAGAAGUUGGAACUGUGAUUUUGAAAUCAGGAUGAGAUGUCCCCAUUAUUACCCCUCGCUUCUCCCCUACUAGCAAGGCUGUGAUCCCAUUUUCCCAUCCAGCUGUUUUUGAUGUCU